CAUUCAGCAGUAGCAUACAAGGUGGUCAAUAAUGGGGAGAAGUUUUAACCUUCUUUUCCCCACAGUUUUAUCAUUUUUAGCUUAUUUACUGACGAUAUGCCAUAGCAAACCUCCUGUGAUACUAGUACCGGGUGAUGCGGGCAGCCGCCUCCAGGCACGCCUCCAAAAGAACAACUCUCCACACUUUUGGUGCGAGAAGACGAGUGAUUGGUUCCAAAUAUGGUUAAGCGUKGAAGAACUUUUACCAGAAGUUAUUGACUGCUGGAGCGACAACAUGAAGCUUGUUUACAAUAAAACCACAAGGCGGUUGAAUAACCCAGAUGGUGUCGAGAUACGUGUACCAUAUUUUGGUGGUACAGAAGGAAUAGAGUACCUUGAUUCAACAAUUGACCAUCCAGGGGAAUACUUUGCACCUCUUGUAGAGUCUCUUGUCAAAAUUGGAUAUGUUAGAGGGAAAACACUGUUUGGCGCUCCGUAUGAUUUUAGAUUUGCACCAAACACAAAUGAUGAUUAUCUAAACAAGCUUGAAAAACUUAUUGAAGAUGCUUCAGCUAGCAACAAUGGCUCCCAAGUGAUCCUCAUUUCGCACAGUCUUGGAUGUCCAUACACAAAAUACUUCCUCGACAAUCAUGACCAAAAAUGGAAAGAGAAGUUUAUUCACUCAUGGAUUACGGUUGCUGGUGCUUGGGGAGGAUCUGCAAAGCUAUUCUGCGUAAAGAUUGUCCUGCUGUCUGGUCAGAUAAAGCACCCAACGUAACUCUUUAUUGCUUUUACGGAACAAAAGUCCCAACUCCUGAAUCGUUUACGUUUGGAGAAGGAGAGUUCCCAGACACCUUUCCUAAGUAYAACUUAGGYGAUGGAGAUGGAACAGUGAAUAUAAGAAGUCUUCGAGGCUGUAAGGAAUAUAUUGGAAAGCAAGUCCCUCCUAUUUCAGUCAAGGAGUACCCYGGAGCAGAGCACUUAGACAUUAUUGGCGACAAGCGUGUAGUGGACGACAUUACAAAAAUAUUAGAUGGUUUAGAAUAAAACAAUUUAUUGAAUAAUGAGUAUAAUAAUAUCAGGUUGCAACCUGUAAAUAUUUUUUUUUAUAAAUAUCUAGGUGUGAAUGAUUUUGAUAUUAUUGUUUUCGUUGCUUGUUGCAUUUAAUACACUUUUAAACAUUUUAUCCAAUAAUUUUUUACACUUUGGAAGACCUUAGAAAUUAUAUACUGAAUUAAUUAUUGGAAUCAAAUGAUAGAUAAUGAUAGGAUUUUAUGUUUGUAACAGCUGGCCUGUAGAGGUUUGACUAGUAACGUUUAUUCAUAACCAUUCUAUGAAUUUUAUGUAUUUUGUAUAUAUUCUUUGCUGUACUUUUUACAUUUAUUGUUUUUACAAAUAUUAUACAUUUACCAAGGUAUAGUUCUAAUUGUUUGUUUUGCCAGGGAGACUGGGGAGAAAUGCACUGUGCACACUUGAAAGGGUCAACCUGCCGGUUCCCCCACCAGUCUAACUGGUGAGGAGGGUGGCAUGUACACCCAGCAGGACUAAAAACAAGACCUGUCAAAGGGCGAAUGAGCUCAUCUGAGCCACCGGCCAUCAUGCAUGCUUCUUUAUUCCUUGUAUGUAUUUUUUGUAGUGUCAUUUAUAUUUUAAUUUUUAUUGUUGUAAUUUUUAAGUUUGAUAUCUUGGGACGGACUAAGAGCGGCAGCCAUGAGGCGCCAUCUUAAGCUCGCAGUCUACCAUGACUCUGUCAUUGUAAUUGUUUGUAAUUUGAAAGCGCUUAGAGCAGAUUUGUAUAAGCGCUGUAUAAAAUAAAAUUAUUAUUAUUAUUAUUAUUAUUACAUGUAUGUCAGACAAUGCCUAGUGUAAUCUAAAGUGGACAUCUUUUUUUUUUUGCUGCUUGUCAAAUCACAAUCUUUGUUUUAACAGUAAUUUACGCCCCACUUGAAAGACAUGCCGUAACUAGGGGCAACAUGCAUGUACAGUGCAUUUCUUCUCAGUUGUUGUUUGCAGGUAUAGCUGCAUUAUACUCUCCCACAAUAUUAAUAUAUUGAGGUUGUAUGUUUGAUAAUCUAAUUGGUAUUUUAAGACGUUUUUUAGGUUUUAAUUUGUACAUCAACAAAAGAUGAUAAAAACAUUUUAACAGAUACAGAAGUUUUACUUAWUGAAUAAUGAUAUAACAGAAUGUGUUAUAUUUUAUGAGUUUGAUAAUAAUAUAUUUUUUAAAUACAAGACAUUAGGAGACAACAAAUUGAACAGCUAAAAUUCUCCAUUUAUUAUUCAUAUCAGUAAGUACUUGUAUCUACAAUCCUCUUAUUUUAUAUCAAUUUAAUAAAGUGAUAUUAAAAUAUUA